AUGUCUAAAACAGAGUACAACGAGCCGACGACCGUCGACGUCAAGUCCGAGUCUAUCCAGUAUGCGGACGAGCCCGUACAGCUGGAGUGGACGGAAGCGGAGGAACAGGUCAUCAGGCGCAAGCUCGACUGGCACACUGUCCCACUAGUGACAACCUUGUAUCUUCUCUGCUUCUUGGAUCGAGCGAACAUUGGAAAUGCCAGGAUCCAGGGCAUGGCCAAGGAUAUCAACCUUGAAGGGUACCGAUUCAACUGGGCGCUGUCUAUAUUUUACAUCAUCUACCUCCUCGUCGAAGUGCCGAGCAACAUCGUUCUCAAGCGCGUUGGACCACGAUUCUACCUGCCAUUUCUCGUCGUUGGCUUCGGACUUGUCUCACUUUGUACGGCUUUCGUUCGCUCAUAUGAAGGACUCAUUGUGGCCCGCGCCUUUCUAGGAAUCUUCGAAGGCGGCGCCAUGCCGGGUUUUUCAUUCUUCCUGAGCAGCUUUUACAAGAGAGAGGAGCUUUUGUUGCGCCUGGGAAUCUUCAUUUCAGCAGCAUCAUUAGCCGGCGCGUUUGGCGGUCUGCUCGCCACUGGUCUCUCUCGCAUUCCAGAGUGGGGGUUCGACAGCGCACCUAUCCAUACAUGGAGAAAUAUCUUCUUCUUCGAGGGAUUCGUCACAAUCCUCUUCGGAGGGUUUGCGCCUCUCUGGAUGCCGACGAAUCCUGCAACGGCUUACUUCCUCGACGAACGACAACGAGCGAUUGCGGUAGAACGUCUGCAGCGCCAGCACAAGGCCGAUGCUGACCAGAAAGUCACUCUUUCCGACAUGAAGCGAGCCGUGUUCUGCAUCCACAACUACACGUGCGCAUUCGGUUUCUUCCUAAUCAACAUCACCGUUCAGGGAAUUUCGGUAUUUAUGCCGACUAUUCUUGCCGACUUGGGCUGGACAGCAACUAGAGCGCAGUUGUACUCAGUACCACCUUACGUUGUGGCUGCUAUCACUGCCAUCAUCAUCGCGUGGUUCAGCGAUCGAACACGUCAACGCGGCAUCUACCUCGCUGUGUUUUCGAUGAUUGCCGUGAUCGGAUUCGCGAUUUUGCGAUUCGCGACCGAUGCUAACAUUAGAUAUAUGGGUGUCUUCUUCGUCACAGCAGGUGCUUUCCCAGGUGGCCCAGGGUUUUUGAGUUGGGCGAUGAACAACUCGGCAGGCCCUUCGGUUCGCGCAGUAACGAGUGCCUACGUUGUUUCCAUUGGUACUAUGGGUGGAAUCGUUGCGACGUGGACCUAUACGUUCAAAGACGCUCCGAAAUAUUACACUGGACACACCAUCAAUCUUGUGGGACAGAGUCUAACCGUUCUACUCGCGAUAUUCGGCAUAUUUUAUUGCUUGUAUGAGAACAAAACAAGAGCCGCUGGAAAAAGGGAUCACCGCCUGGAUGGCAGGACAGAAGCUGAACAGAGCCAACUGGGUUACAGGCAUCCGUCAUUCCGCUACAUGUCAUAAGGCAACAAGCCUAGUACUUUAGCACGCCUGAGGGUUUAAUCAAAACUUGAGUGGUACUACAAAACUGCACAUGUGCAUAGCUAGC